UUGCGAGAAACAGGAGAAACCGGAGGGACGUGAAGUUGCCUCAGUAGCUGUGCAAAACUAGCCAGAGCAGCGGCCCCGCACCGGCUCCACCCGUGCCAUCGGUUCCUGGCGUCAAACUUCGCCGGUUGUCAUCGAAGAGACUUGAGGGCAGGUGUUCCGGGGGGGGGGACGAAAUGGCCACGGGAGGAGAAAGUGUCCACACUGUUACGAUGGAAGGGGAUAUUGAAAGUUGAGGAUCAGCCUGAAGCACAACUUGACCCCAAGAUGAAUCCUGCCCCUCGUCAUAUUUCAUCCAUCUUCACCUUCACUGACACUGUAUUGUGUCCUUAUAACUUUAGUCAAUGCACAGUGGGCCAAAAAGGUGUGACUCCGCGUCUCUGAUCCUGCACUUGUGAUGAUAAACAGGCUGCCCUUCCCCUAUCCCAUUCCUAUUGUCUGUAACAAGGACAAGUCUUUCUAUUCAUACCCUGUCCUCCUGACCCCCCCUCCCUCUCUUUGAGCUUCUGGGCCAUGCUCCGCAAGAGAGGCUCCCUCAUUCUUUGUGGUACGUUCCUGUUUAUCACCUGGAACGCCAUACUGGUGCUUCUGCUGUGGGGCAGACCCCCGCCUGGGCAGCCGGGCGAGCCUGGGCAAGAGCAGAGGCCAGAGGCGGAAAGCCCUACCAACGAUGUGGUGGGAGAUGUGCUCCGAAUGGCGGACACGUUCGAAGCGGAGCUUGAGCUGCAGAAAAAAAUCCUGGUCCAGAUCCAGAGUCACCACUCACUGUGGGAGUCGUCAAACAAACACAAACCGAAGGCCGUAGUCCGCCCUGAGCCUGUCAUUCCUAUCCUGGUUAUCGCCUGUAACAGGGUCACCGUGAGGCGCUGCUUGGACAAGCUCCUGCAGCACCGUCCUUCAGCAGAGCUUCACCCGAUCAUAGUGAGUCAGGACUGUGGACACGCCGAGACCGCUGAGGUGAUUCGCUCUUACGGAAAUCAAGUAACUCACCUGAAACAGCCGGACUUGUCAGAGAUCGCUGUGCGGCCAGAGCACAAGAAGUUUCAGGGUUACUACAAAAUCUCCAGGCAUUACCACUGGGCCCUCAACCAAGUGUUCAAGACCCUUUCCCAUUCCUCUGUUGUGAUUGUAGAGGAUGACUUGGAGGUGGCGCCAGACUUCUUCGAGUACUUCCGAGCCUUGCUGCCAUUCCUGAAAUCCGACCCUAGUCUGUGGUGCGUGUCAGCCUGGAACGACAAUGGCAGGGAUGGCUACGUGGAUCCAGGCAAGGCUAACCUGCUCUAUCGGACAGACUUCUUUCCUGGCCUGGGGUGGAUGCUCCUCAGGGAGGUGUGGGAAGAGCUGGAGCCAAAGUGGCCUGCUUCAUUCUGGGACGACUGGAUGCGUCAGCCUGAGCAGCGCCGCAACCGUGCCUGUAUCCGCCCAGAGAUCUCACGGACUUUAACGUUUGGCCGUCAAGGUGUGAGUCUGGGUCAGUUUUACGACAAGUACCUGCGUUAUAUUAAACUAAAUACCGAAUUUGUGCCUUUCACCAAGUUAGACCUGAGUUACUUGAAGGAGGAGACGUACAGAGAAAAUUUUAUGAAGGACGUUUACGGUGCUCCCUUGGUUACAUAUGAAGAUGCUAAGCAAGGGCAGCUAAAAGGACCCGGGCCCUUCCGCCUUCAAUACUCGAGUAAGGAAAGCUUCAAAGUGCUGGCCAAAAACCUGGGAAUCAUGGACGACUUGAAGUCUGGCGUCCCAAGAACAGGAUACAGAGGAGUUGUCAGUUUCAUCUCAAGAGGAAGGAGAAUCUACUUAGCCCCCCCUCCAGGAUGGACCCAGUAUGAUCCCACCUGGAGCUGAUCCUCCUGGAGAAAGCAUAUGUGCAGUAGCCUUUUUGUAAUCUCUAAAUGUCAGAUGGGGAGAGCAUCACAGACCAAAGAGCGACGUCCGCAAACUUCCUCUCGGAUUGAAUGAUGUGUAGUUUAGUUCAUUGCCCUUGAUAAUGCAGAAUGGAUUGUCCCUCUUUCUGGUGUAGGGAUCAUUGCCAAUGCUACUCAGGUCUUUUUCAUUAUUCCAAAAAAUUUAUUACAGAGUAGGAUACAGCCUAAACAGUUUGUUAGACUAAACUGCUGUAAUUCACCAGAGAUCUAUUUUUUAUGAUAUGCUAUUGUGCACAUGACAUUCAUUAAUGCAUUCAAUGCAAUUACCCAAUUCGCCACUUUUGUUUAAAUUAUUUGCAAUUCUUGCAAGCCUAUAUGAACUGUUUAUGUCUGGUAUAAAUAUGAAAUCUUAAUCUGUGGUAUGGUUGCUUAUGGUGUUGGUGACUGGUCAUAACUGCAGUAUAAUUCGUCAUUUGAUUCUCCUUGUUUUUGUCGUCUAUGAAAAUCAGUUCUUCCUGCUUACAAUUUAAUUCCAAAUAACUUUGUUACAUGAUUCAUAAGUGUUGUACUCCUUGCAGGUUUGUCACCUCGCAAACUACAGCAUUUGUGUGUUUGUAUAUUUUUGGAAUAAAAAAAACAGUACACAA